AUGGGACCCACAACGACUAUGUCACCCUUGAUGAAGCGAAAGGUGUCCUCAAAUUGGCCAAGGGACUUGAUUACGAGAAGGAGAAAGCUGCUCACGUUGACCAUUGUUGCAACUGAUUCUGGUUCUCCGCCUCUGUCAUCCGAAGCCGUCGUUACGAUACAGGUGAUCUCGGAACUUUUGGUAAAAGCAGUUGAUGCGGACAGUGAGCAUUAUGGCCGUGUGGCGUAUUCUAUCAAAGACGACUCAGGAAUGUUUCAUAUUGACGAUCAGGGUUUGAUUACAGUGGCUGGACAGUUGGACAGAGAAACGAGGCCUUAUCACCGUUUCGAGGUGGAAGCUCGCGAUGGAGGUGAGCCAGCGCAGAAAUCGGUGGUAACUGUUCUGAUUGACGUCAACGACGUGAAUGAUAACUCUCCAGUAUUUGCCGAUUGUAACAUGACGGCUGUAGUGCAGGUGCGUUUCUAA